CGUCAGGAAACUUCAUGGCAGUGGCCGCUGUUUUCUGACUUUUCCAUAAAUCCGUUGAAUUCGCGUUCAUCGUUUUAUAAUUUUGACUUAAACCCCUUCAAACAAAUAAAAUAAACCAUGGGUGACAAGGUUGAUGAACAAGUUAAGAAGAAGAGGACCUUCAAGAAGUUCACAUACAGAGGAGUUGAUCUGGAUCAACUUCUCGAUAUGCCAAAUGAACAACUUAUGGAGUUGAUGCACUGCCGUGCCAGAAGGCGUUUCAGCCGUGGUCUUAAACGUAAACCAAUGGCCUUGGUGAAAAAACUCCGCAAAGCCAAAAAAGAGGCUCCUCCACUAGAAAAACCAGAAAUCGUAAAGACGCAUUUACGUAACAUGAUCAUUGUACCAGAAAUGGUAGGAUCCAUUGUCGGUGUUUACAACGGCAAAACCUUCACACAGGUUGAAAUCAAACCUGAAAUGAUUGGACACUACUUGGGAGAAUUUGCCCUGACGUACAAACCUGUAAAGCACGGUAGACCCGGUAUUGGUGCCACCCACAGUUCCCGUUUCAUUCCUCUCAAGUAAAUGUUUUGUUAUUUACAUUUAGGUUAUGUAACAAUAAAUUUAUUUGAUUGGU